GUCCUAAACCUCUCUCUCCCUACAUGUUUUGUCUUUGAUCCUAGUUCUCUCUCUAUACAUGACCACUAGUCCCUAAUCCGAUAUAUCAACAACAACAAUGGCUACCGAUAUGCCAAUCCGAAUUGGAGUAAUGGGAUGCGCCGAAAUCGCUCGCAAGGUCUCUCGAGCAAUCCACCUCGCUCCAAACGCCACUAUAGCCGCUAUUGCAAGCCGGUCCAUGGAGAAAGCCAAAUUGUUUGCUACCUCCAAUGGCUACCCUCAAUCGGCAAAGGUCCACGGCUCCUAUGAGUCGAUUCUUGAAGAUUCAGAGGUUGAUGCUCUUUACAUUCCUCUUCCGACUAGCCUCCACGCCAAGUGGGCUAUACGUGCCGCCGAGAAAGGGAAGCAUAUCCUUUUGGAGAAGCCUGUGGCCAUGAACGUAGCUGAGUUCGAUAAGAUUGUUGCGGCUUGCGAGAUCAAUGGUGUUCAGAUUAUGGAUGGUACCAUGUGGGCUCAUCAUCCUAGAACGGAUAAGCUUAAAGAAUUCCUCUUCGACUCAGACCGUUUUGGCCAGCUUAAAAACGUACAUAGUUGCUUCACCGUGGCUGCGAACAAAGAUUUCCUCGAAAACAGUAUCCGUGCCAAACCGGAUCUUGAUGGUCUUGGUGCGCUAGGAGACGCUGGAUGGUACACGAUCCGAGCAACCCUUUUAGUCAACAACUUCGAGCUUCCCAAAACAGUCACGGCCUUUCCAGGAACUUUCCGAAACAAGUUAGGAGUGAAUCUCUCCUGUGGAGCAUCUAUGACAUGGGAAGAAGACAAACGAACCGCAACCAUAUACUGCUCCUACUUGGCAAACCUAACAAUGGAGAUAACCGCCAUUGGAACAAAAGGCACACUUCGUGUUCACGACUUUGUUAUCCCGUUUCAAGAGACGGAGGCAUCAUUCACAACUUGCACUAACGCUUGGAUCAAUAAGCCCGCAGCGACUGCAUGGGUUAACCCUCCGGCUGAACACACGGUUAAGACAGAGCUCCCUCAAGAAGCGUGUAUGGUGAGUGAAUUCGCCAGGUUGGUUGGAGAAAUCAAGAACAAAGGUGCAAAGCCUGAUUUGUUUUGGCCUAGCAUUAGCCGGAAGACGCAGCUAGUGGUUGAUGCUGUCAAAGAGUCCAUUGAUAAUAACUAUCAACAGAUUAGUCUCUCUGGUCGUUGAAGAAAACGGCUCAAUUUAAGCAAUGUUGUGUUUGCAUGUAUCCUUAUGGUUAACAACUUGACAUUGAUGUGAUAAAUCUCUUCUAGAUUCUGUUUUCUUAUUUCCAACGACUUUGAUGUAGCAAAGUCGAUGGCUCUGUUUGGCCUGAGUAAAAAGUUAUCUGUUUUGUGGGUUUAGGGUUUAGUGUUUCAACGCCCAAAAUCACUCUAAAUUAUGAAUUUACGUAGCAAUUUUCUU